CUAGUUGUUGCAACUUUUAUGACAGCGCCAAGUACCGUGUUUCAAGAAUUUCGUUAGAAAUAUGAAUUUUAGCAACGUUUAAACAGUGGAGAUAAUAUCAUUGAUAAAACAAGACCAGUAACGAUCAAUGAAUAGUUCAAGCAAAUAUAAUGAUUUAGAAUGGGCGAUCGGUUUGCAUCGCUGUAUGUUAAAAAUUGUCGGUUUGUGGCCGCAACAAAGCAGAGAUCAGUAUGAAAAAUUCUUUUCGAAGUUUCGAAUGCUAUUUAAUGCUACAGCAGUAGUCUUCAUAUUAAUUAUACCGGCUUUAGCUCAAUUGAUUAAUGUAUGGGGUGAUAUGAUCCAGAUUAUAGAUAAUUUACAAAUCACCUUGCCAUUUUUAGUAACGAUACUUAAAGUCUUCAUUAUGUGGUACAAGAAAAAAGAUUUAUUAGUGUUGACUAACAAGAUUAUGAAAGACUGGACGCGAGUAAAAAUGGAUGAAGAGCGAAAUGUCAUGGUAAAAAAGGCUAAGAUCACCCGCUUAAUCUUAAAAGUCGGGAUAUUUGUUACAGCUUUGGCACUGCUCAGCAAACUUAGCUCUGAAUUUUUUAAAGAAUACAUUUGGCGUGUGAACAAUCUUACUAAUUAUGAAAGAUCCUUACCGCUUCCUACAUACUACUGGUACGAUGUAACCAGCAGCCCGAAGUACGAACUAACAUAUUUGGCACAAGCAAUUGGGUUAUUUACAGGCGGUAUCACUUACAUCGCGGUCGACAACUUCCUUGGACUAUUGAUCUUACAUGUAUGUGGUCAAAUGGAGAAUCUGCAUCUGCGAUUAUUGCAUUUUGGGAAAGAUCCGGAUUUCAAAGCGGUUUUAAAGUACAACGUUAAAGACCACAUACGCUUGAUCAGAUCUGUAGAAAUCAUUGAUGACUCAUUCAAUUUAUUGCUGCUUGCCAUGAUAGGUUUUUUUUGCAUACUAUUUAGUCUUUUUGGAUUUCUAGCACUUACUUCUUUUAAUCAAGAUACUCAAUUAUCAAUUGCACAAAUGUCUUGGUACUUUUUUGCGGGUGGAUCACUUUUAAUGCACACUUGUCUUUACUGUGCGGUAGGCGAACAUCUCGUGAACAAAUGUGAAGAGAUACAUAGCGCUACGUAUGAAUGUGUAUGGUAUACUCUGGAGCCAAAAACAACAAGAAACUUGGCAGUAAUUAUGGUCUGUACAAAGAAACCACUCAAUAUUACAGCGGGAAAAAUAUUCCCAAUGACAAUGUCAACAUUCUGCAGCUUAUUAAAAACGUCGGCGGGUUACUUAUCUAUGUUACUUGCCGUUCGAAAUUAAUGACGAAAAAAAAACAGGAUAAAUCGGUACCUUGUAUAAUGUAUGGUAUUAUGAUGUAAAUUUAAAAAUAAAUUGGUUACAUAAAUA